UCAAAUAAAGCAGUAUAAAUACCAAGCAGUAGCACAACAAAUGAACCAUCCCAUCAUCAAGAAACCAAAUUCAUAACAUCAAAAUGCACGGCCUUGUUGCGGCGAAUACUUUGGUGGCUGCAUCGGCUGCUUCGGUGUGGGAAAUCUAUGGCACGCUUCAGGUCCUUACAAUUAUAAAUACAUAUUUGCCAGAUGUGCUUGGAAGAGUAAAAGUCCUUGAAGGUGACGGACAUGCUGGCACAAUUCUGAACGUUACACUACCAGCAGGAACUCCCGGAGUUGGUUAUAUGGAGGAAGAGAUUACAAAGGUUGAGAAUAAGAAACGCGUGAAGCAAACAAAAUCCAUUGAAGGAGGAUUUAUAGCAAUGGGGUUCGAGAGUUAUAUAACUACAUACAAAAUUAUUGAAAAUAAUUCUACGUCAAGUAUAAUAAGAUCAACGAUAAAGUAUAAGAUUGACCAUAAGUUAGCAAAUCUUACUUCUCUACUGCUUCAGUCUAUUGGAGGGAAGAGGGCGUCUACAGCGUUCUUUGCUCCAGGUUCGGGGAGGUCGGUUCUAGCUCCAGUGUGCGGGUUUGUUCUUAUUGAGUUGGGAAACCUUGCUUAUCCAGUGAUAGAGCCACAAUGGGACAAGCCGGUGCUGCGGCCACCCCUGAAUCCAGUGUGA